UAACCAAUCAUUAGGUACUUUUUUCCCCAAUCUCCCCGUUUAUGGUGGGGACAUUCAGUUUCGUAAUGAUGAAGUGAUUCGUAGUCGUAGUCUCAUAGUAGUCAUUGAGUAUUAAGGAAGAUAACUGUUAAAACGCGAUGGGUUUGGAGGAUUACAAAGAACUUGUGGCAUCAUGUGCCUCAAUUUGUACAAUGGCCCAAAUGUCAGCUGGCACAUUGAUAUGUAAGGAUAUUUAUCAAAAGGGCUCGUCUAAAGGAUUUGAUCCCAUGCCUUUUUUGGGUGGCAUAGGAAUGUGCAUCUUGAUGCUUCAAUAUGCAUGGAUUGUGAGGGAUCCUGCAAUGAUUAAUGUUAAUGUUUUUGGAUUACUCACAAAUACAGCAUACAUGGCUGUAUAUUAUUAUUACUCACCACACACGAAGGAUACACGUGCUUUAAUAGGCAAGGUAGCAGCCUUUGUAGCGGCCUUCCUCGCGUAUGCACAAGUGGAAGAUCCCGAGAAGCUCGAGUUCAGAUUCGGUUUGAUUGUGACAGGAUUAUUUUUCCUCUUAAUAGCGUCUCCUCUUCUACAUAUUAGGGAGAUCAUAAGGACGAAAAACACGGAUAUCCUUCCGUUCCCACUGAUAUUUAUGGGCACUAUUGUUAUAUCUUUAUGGCUAUUGUACGGGAUUAUAAUUAAUAACGUCUUCAUUAUCUUUCAGAACUCGGUUGGUUUUGUUUUGUCUGUGGCGCAAUUGUCCCUGUUCGUGAUAUAUCCAUCGAAAUCGAAAGGCAAAGCUUCCAGCCAAGAAAAGAAGGAUUAAGAAAAGUGAUAUUGUAAAUAUUGGAACUGUGUAGGAUGUCUUGUGCCUCCAACUGUUACAAUUUUUCUACACGCCUACAAAUUAGCAACUAAAAUAAGGUCUACAAAUAUGAAUUGGAUAAUAAUUAACGCCGAUAGCCAUUGAUGUUAAUUGUUAUAUCUAGACGAUUCUUAUUAAACGACGAAUUUUCUAAUGAAA